UAUCUUUCUUUUCUUUUGAUAUUUAUUGUUUCAUUUUUUCAUUACAAAUCUGAUUUUUGUAGACCUAAAUCUCUAACCCAUCCAUCCAUUCAUCUGGGACCGGAAGAUCAACGAUAUGGAUACAAACGGUGCGUUUCAUGACUUAGUGAGCCAAUCUUGCUCAGAGAAUAGGAACAGUAGUAACACAGGAACUUUUGAAUGCAAUAUUUGUUUCGAUUUAGCUCAAGACCCUAUUGUAACUCUCUGCGGCCAUCUUUUUUGUUGGCCAUGUCUAUACAAAUGGCUUCAAUUUCAUUCUUACUCCCACGAAUGCCCUGUCUGCAAAUCUCUUAUAAAAGAAAACAACUUGGUUCCCAUUUAUGGAAGGGGCACAUCAAACUCGGACCUCCAGGCUCAUUCUUUAUCCAAAGACGUAAUUCCUAGACGCCCGGCUAGCCAUAGACCACAAACGGCUCCAGAACCUGACUUAACCCACUUCCACCAAGAUGGUUUAGGUCCACCAGGUGGAUUUAUGCCAAUGUCAACUCCACGGUUAGGGAACUUAACAAGGACCGGUCCUUUUGGUGCCAUUCCGUCUUUUUUUAAUUUUCAGGUUCAUAACACGGCGGCUUAUGGACCACAUGGUGGAAUUCCUUAUUUGUUUGCGUCUUAUGCUCAUGGAGGCUAUGCUCAUGGUUUCCAUCACUACCCAAUUUAUGGACAAAGAGCUAAAUCGCUUUUCUUGAUGAUAUGUUUCUUGUUCCUUGGUCUUCUUGUUGCUCUUUUGCUUAUUUUAUCUUCUAUGUUUUAGUGCUGAAUCUGAUUUGUAUUCUUAGAAAGUAUUACAUUAUGUUUCUGGUUAGAGUUUAAAAUAAUUGUAUCAUAACAUACAUCCAAAUAUAUAUCCUCUAAAGUUACACAA